AUGAAUAGAGUGAAGUAGAGGAGUAGCGGUUUAGUUUAGGAUUCUAAAUAUCAACCAGAUGCCGGUUACUCACUCGCAUCGCCCUCCUAGUCCGACCCAUUCAGCCAAAAUGCUGGAGCGGGUCCUCUCCUCCCGCCGAGCGCCGCCGCACAGCGACGAAUUAGCUAACGAAGACGACGCGGCCACCGCUGACGAGUCCAAGACCAAGAAGCACCUCCCCUUUUUCUUCUUCAUCACUCGCCUCAUCAAUCACUUUCGAAUCGGACCCCUUUGGCCCUGCGUUAUCGCGCUCUUUUUCGUUCUUUUCUUGAUUUCCUCCAUCGUCUUCCAGUCUCGCAACCUCGUUUGCGUCUCUCCUCACGACCCCGCAUAUCGAUCCGGUUUCUUCGGCUUCGAUGCUCUCGAAUCCGACUUUGGAUCCCUCGGCGUGCCCUGGUGCAGAUCGAAACAUGGAAAAACGGUUGAAUGGACAUCGAAGGAUCUAAUCAAGGGUUUGGAAGAGUUUGUACCGAUAUAUGAAACCCGACCAAUUAAAAACAACAUGUAUGGGAUGGGUUUUGACCACAGUUUUGGUCUUUGGUUCAUUGCCCGGUGGCUGAAGCCAGAUCUUAUGAUUGAGAGUGGUGCUUUUAAGGGACACUCAACUUGGGUUUUGCGACAGGCAAUGCCAUUAACACCUAUUAUAUCUAUUACGCCUCGGCAUCCAGAGAAGUAUCUAAAGAAGGGGCCUGCAUAUGUUGAUGGAAAUUGCACCUACUUUGCUGGAAAGGACUUCGUAGAUUUUGGAAGCAUUGAUUGGAAAAAAGUGAUGAAGAAACAUGGGAUCAUUGAUCUUUCCCGGGUUCUUAUUUUCUUUGACGAUCAUCAGAAUGAACUUAAAAGAAUACAACAGGCUCUGGUAGCUGGAUUCCGGCAUCUUGUCUUUGAGGAUAACUAUGAUACUGGAACGGGAGAUCAUUAUUCCUUAAGGCAAAUUUGCGAUCAGUCCUAUAUAAGAGGAGGUGGCCAUAGCUGCUAUAAAGACAGUGACGAAGCUAGGAUCAGGUCAAAAAGAAAGAAUUUCUGGGAAAAAGCAGUAGAUAUAGAAGAACUUUGUGGACCAGGUGAAGCAUGGUGGGGUGUUAGAGGAUACAUGAGGGAUAAUUUCAACCACAGCAACAAGGUGAUUUCCUAUGAAGAACAUUUUCAGAACAGUCGGAUUGUGGAAUCGAUGCUAGAUGUUUAUUGGGAGCUUCCUCCUGUGGCCGGUCCUUCUCUCACUCACCAAACUCGAUAUGACCCUGCUCGUUCACCACCUCCUAUCGUUGAAGAUGGUCGCUAUGGUUUAUUCCAGCGCCUUGGAUUAACCAGACUUGAUAGGUCUGUUUUUAAUGGAUACACUCAGAUGGUUUACCUCCAGAUAUCCAGACAGUAAUUUUUGUCUCUUGGAGCUGUCUGGAUGAAGAAGAGUAUUUUCAGUAGUGUGUUGAUAUUACGUGCGCAAUUUUUUUCAUAUUUUCUUUUCCCCAACCUUUACUUAGCAAUUUAGCCUGGUCGAUUUCCCUUUUU